AUGACACCUCCUCGUAGGACUCUGCAAUCAUCUCAGGAUAACAUACCUGAUAUUGCCAGGGCAAUAGAGGCGAUGGGAGCUGCUAUGACGCAGCAAAGCACGAUGAUGAUGCAGCAACACGAAACAUCCAUGCAGCGACAGACAGUAUCGCUUGAGCAGCAACAGCUGGUGAUGCAGCAGAUGGAGGCUGCGAGGGUAGCUAUUGAGGAUGCCCACCAGCAGCACAUGGAGGCCCUCUGCCAGUUGGAGGAGACCAGGAUGGCUGCACUUGCCUAUGGUCCAGAGCCACGACCUGUAGCCACGGAGUGGAGUUUAGAAGAUUUCCUGAAGCACCACCCAACGAUGUUUUACGGGAAGACUAGUCCUGAUGCCACAGAUCAAUGGCUGAAGGACCUAGAGCACAUCUUUGAUGCGAAGAUGUGCCCCGCGGAGAACAAACUGGCGUUCUCAAUGUAUAUGCUCACAGGGGAGGCGGAGCAUUGGUGGAUCAGCACCAAAUCCAUCUUAGAGGAGAGAGAUGAGCCGGUGACAUGGGAGGCUUUCAAGGAGAGAUUCCUCUCUGAAAAGUUCAAGAAUGAUCUCCGUGGUGAUAUGCGCUUGAUGGUGGCUCCCUUGUCCAUCAAGGAUUUCGCUACUCUGGUGGAGAAGGCUAGAGUUAUGGAGAAGAUAAAGCAUGAGGUGGAAGGUCAGCAACCACAACAACCACAGAGAGGUCGGGUACAAUGCUAUAUAUGUGGAGGUCCUCACUUGAGGAGUGCUUGCCCACGCAUGGAGGGUUACCGUAGAUGCAACAACUGUGGCAAGGAGGGCCACUUUGGGAAGGACUGUCCUGCUCUUGCUAGGGCAGCGACACGCCCUCCAGUCCAGACUUUCCACUAG